UGCUAUUUUCCCUUCAGCACCUGAACCCUAACAUAUAUAAAUACACAAGAAUCAAACCAAACCCCUAGCAACUGAUCAAACAGCAAUCAUCCUCAGCAAAUGGCAUCCUCGGAGAAGAGAUGCCUGUACGAGGUCCUCGGCCUGAACCGCGACUGCACCGCCGAUGAAAUCCGGUCGGCUUACAAGCGGCUGGCGCUCCAGCGUCACCCGGAUAAGCUCGUCCAAAGCGGAGUCCCCGAAGCCGAAGCUACAGCCGCUUUUCAGGAGCUCGUGAACGCCUAUGAGGUCCUGUCCGACCAGCGGGAGCGGGCCUGGUACGACUCGCACCGGAACCAAAUCCUCUUCUCCAGUUCCACUGCUACCGGUUCGUCCAGUUUCGUGCCCGAUUUGUUUCCUUUUUUCUCAAAUUCGGUUUAUUCCGGCUACUCGGACUCGGGGAGGGGUUUUUACAAGGUUUAUGGAGACCUAUUCGAGAAGAUUUACGCGAAUGAGGUGAAUUUUACGAAGAAAUUAGGGUUGCCCUUGCCGAGGGAAGCUCCGGUAAUGGGCAAUUUGGAGAGCCCUUAUGCUCAGGUUACAGCAUUUUAUAACUACUGGUUGGGAUUUAUCACAGUAAUGGACUUCUUUUGGGCGGAUCAGUAUGAUGCUAUGGCAGGUCCAAACAGGAAGUCACGGAGGGUAAUGGAGGAGGAGAACAAGAAGUUGAGGAAAAAGGCAAGAAGAGAGUAUAAUGAGACUGUGAGAGGGCUGGCAGAGUUUGUGAAGAAGAGGGAUAAGAGAGUAAUUGAUAUGCAGGUAAAGCGGAAUGAGGAGAUGGAGAGGAAGAAAGAGGAAGAGAAACGGAGAAAGAAAGAGUUGGAGAGACAGAAAGCAGAAAAGGCAAGGAAUUAUGAGGAGCAGGAGUGGGCAAAGGUGGAGGAGGUGGAGGAAGAUGAGGCUGAGAAUAUGCUGGAGGAAAAGAAACAGGAGUUCUAUUGUGUGGUCUGUAGCAAGAAGUUCAAGAGUGAUAAGCAAUGGAAGAACCAUGAGCAGUCUAAGAAGCACAAAGAGAAGGUGGCAGAGCUGAGGGAAGCAUUUAGAGAGGAAGAUGAAGAAUAUGAAGCAACAGAAGGGAGUGAAAGGGAAGCAGAGGAAGAAAAGGAGGUUGAAGGAGAUGUUGUUGGUGAUUUGUCAGCAACUAACAGGGUAAAUGAUUUACCGGAGCAAUUUGAAGAUGCUGUUGUAAUUGAAGGAGAUGAUAGUGAUGAUGGAAAGACUGCAUCUAGUGAAGUGGACGAGUUUUCUGGUACUGAUAAUCAUAGUAGAUGGAAGGGAAUAGCUGCAGAGCUGGGAUCAGAUGAUGAUGAGGCCAGUAUGAUUGAAGCUAUGUUGUCUCGGAGUAAGGGGACGAGCAAGAAUCAGCCCAAGGCUUCAUCAAAUAAAACUCAAGUGGAGAUGGAUGGUGAUGAAUUGGAGUUCAUGGAAUAUAAUAACACAAAAGGUUCACGAAGGAACAGGGGAAGCAGGAGGCAGAGAGGUAGAAGACAAGAAGAAGAAGGAGAAACAAUGAAAGCGGAUGUGCCAGAGAGAAAUGGUGAGGCUGGUGAGCAGGAUGAACGAGAUGAUGAUGCCGAGGAAUCAAGUUCCCAUCCUUUACCAGAACCUGAGGCUAGGAGGAGAGUAGAUGAUGCAACAGAAAGGAGUCAUAAGCGUCCGCAGCAAGCCGUAAACAAGAAAAAUACAGCAAAGAAGGAAAAUGCUUCCAGGUUGAAGGCUGCAUCCAAAGGAAGGAAACAAAAGGUGGCAACAAAUGGUUCUGAUACUAAUGUAUGUGAGAAGUGUGGAGAACAAUUCGACUCCAGGAAUAAACUGCAUAAACAUUUGGGAGACACCGGUCAUGCUUCACUCAGAUCUCGAUGAUAUUCAUUUGGUCGCUCAGAUUGGCACCUCAUUCUUCCGCAUAGAUUGAAGUAUCAGCAUCUUUAUGCGCACAAUUGUCCAUUGCUAGAGUGCAAUUGCAGAGUACCUCUUCUCUGUGCCACUUUGGCCCUAAGAUCAUUUUAUAUUUGUUUGUGCACACAUAAAUACAAGCCAAUUAGAAGGCGUUUAUCAUCUCUCAUUAUAAAGUCUAUCUUGACGCAAACCACAGCUUCUAGACGAGACACUUCCAUUUCCGAAUUUUGUAUCUUCUGGAAAAUGAUUGAUUUUUUCAUCUGAUAAGCCAAGGAUCAUGGCCGAUGUCUGUUUAUAAAAAUUCUAUUUUUUGAUAAA